UUGCGCCACGUCCAACUCGCAACACUGUGCUCCUCUACUUCCGGUUCGAGCUUUUUCCGGCAUGGUAGACAUGGCGCCUAGUUUGAGAAGUUUUCUACAGGACGUGCAGUACAGAACUCUGACCUACACGGACCGCAUAGACCUCUGGCCGUAUAUAAAAUAUGACCAGAUUGUUCAGUAUUUUAUUAAUAAGCCAGGCUAUGACGAGAAGAUGAUGGAGGUGUGUAAAUCACCUGAAGAGUACAACUUCCUUCACAGUGGUAAAGUGCACAGCGUAACAGUUGCUGAGAUAAAGAAGAGAAUAGUGCUCAAAGGCGUUAUCAGUCCUUCACAACUCCCAGACACUGUCUACAACUGCUGGGUUGCCACAGAACGUGAUGGGACAAUUUUGGAUGCCUCUUGCACAUGCAUGGCAGGGUUAGGUGAGGUGUGCAGCCAUUGUGCUGCAGUGUGCUUCACUGUCAAGACGAUGCACAAGAACAGAGAGCGGCAACACGCACCAGCGGAACCUCCGUGUCAGCGGCUGACACCAAGCCUGAAUCAGGUCCAGCCUCGGCCUGCAAGGGAGUUGGACUGCAGGCGUCCACAACGGAUAUCAUCAAAGAGGAAAAGUUCUACCACCGAAGCCACCAGUGAGGCAUUCUCGGAAGAGAGAUUCAAGGCCUUUGUGGCUCAGCUACGGAUUGUGCAACCUGAUGCAAGAUACUUCACUCUCAUUGAUGUCAACAAACAGCCUGUGAGAGAGCCAAGCACGCCAACCCAGUCCCGCAGUGAGUCCGACAUUUCAAACUCUCUGCCAUCAAGCCCAACGGAAACACCCACCUAGAUAGACGACAUCAAAAUUACACACGCGGAUGCUACAGAGAUUGACUAACAAGGGAGCAGAGGAUGAGUGCAGCUUGGUUUCUGCGUAGAGAAGCAAGAAUAAAAACGUCUACAUUGCAUGUCGAAACAAAUCGGCGUUGCAGCACUCCUGCAAAAAAAUACUCCAACCUCAGAAAGUCAGAAGUGCUGCUGUUGCCAAUGGUAUCGAGACAGAGGAAAAAGCGAAGGAUGCUCUCCUAACUGCACUAGCACAGCACCAUAUUAAUGGAAGAGUUGAAAACUGGGGGCCGGUGAUCAACCCUCGCUACCCCGAUUUGGGAUGCAGCCCAGGUGGUGUGCAUCUCUGUGAAUGUCAGGAGCCUGCACUGGUAGAGGUACAAUCUCUCUACUCGAUGAAGGACACUGGCCCCUCCAAGCUUGUACAUGAAGGACAGAAGCAAAACGACUUUUGCUUGACAAGAAAUGGCAUACAAGUAUCAUGUCUGAAUGCAAGCCCACCUAACAUGCCCAACCUGCAGUAACACCUAAACAUCCUCAACAGCAGUCGCUGUUGCUGCCUCCUGCAUGUAUAGAAGGUGGUGGCUGCAAUCUUGAAAUUCUUCGAGAUGAGAAGUUCAUGAGCCGCCAUGAGUACAGCUUUAUAUCCUUCUUUGUGAACAGCAGUAAAGCAUUAUGGUCAUGUACCUCACCUAUGUGCAACCAAAGAGUUCUGCUUCUUUCUUC